UUCGAAAAUGAGUUCCUGUCAUUACGAAGAAGUGAGAAAUGAUAUUGACUGUGAGGAGGAUGAAAAUGAAUCAAUUCAAUCCAUUUUGAAACAGACAUUCAUAGCAAGUACGAUAUGGGUGCAGUAUUUUAUGGCGGGCAUGUGUGUCGGCGCACCUACAGUAUUUAUACCACAGAUAAGAAGAGAAUCAAACUCAACAAUUAUCAUUGAUGACGAAAUGGGUUCUUGGCUUUAUUCAACAAGCGGCUUCGCCAUGUACCCCUGGAUUAUUAUCUUACCGAUUUUUACGAGCCGCUAUGGCAGGAAACUACCACAAUUGUUGGCAGCUGUAUGCUCAACGGCUAUAUUUGUGAUCCUCUACUACAGCCAAAAUCCGUAUCACAUCCUGAUUUCUGAAGUCCUACAAGGGUUUCUUUACGGUGGAAAUAUAACGAUCCGUAUUCUUAUGACAACGGAAUAUGCAUCAACCAAAUAUCGUGGGUUAUUUCUGUCAAUAAAAUCGGCGUGUUUCUUUUGGGGAUUAUGGGUUGCUAACGCAAUCGGUACAUAUUUUUAUUGGAAAAAUAUUGCUAUAGUCGGUUUCUUUUGUUCGAUAUAUACGUACAGUAUUGUAUUUUGGCCUGAGUCACCAUCUUGGUUGGCAAGUAAAGACAGGUUUGAAGAAUGUAAAACGUCGUAUAGAUGGUUAUACGGCUACAACGUGCAUUCAGAAAAGAAAUUACAGGAUUUGAUAUCGUGGUACAAUGAUAGACAGGACGAGGUAGAUUUUUUUAAAAUGCUUAAAGACAAAGAGUUUUACCGACCUAUAUUAUUGUGUAUGUCAACAGUGAUCCAGUAUCAUUUAUCGGGAAAAGUGGUAUGUUUUUUAUAUAUAUUGGACAUUUUCAAGACAAUCACAAAUGAUACAGCCACCGCCUAUAUAGCUAUGUUGAUUUUAGAUGGUGUUUCAGUUUUCGGCAUGUAUUUCGGUUCGUAUUUAUCAAAAGUCUUAAAACGCCGAACACUGUACAUGUCGUCAUCAUUCAUUGCUGUUUUUUUCUUAUUGAUAAUAUCGAUAUAUUUGUAUCUUGUUAGGUUUUCAAUUGUAACCGAAAAUAAAUAUAUAACAAUAGGUCUAUUGGCUAUUUAUACAGUAUCAAUAAGUUGUGGGCCAAUGAUCUUAUGUUUGUCUAUUUACGGAGAAUUCAUUCCCCUUCGAUUUCAAUUAUAUUCUUAUAUGAUAACCGGCCUAACAUUUGCGGUUUUUUUCUCAGCGGUGGUUAAAUUGACACCAUCGAUUCUUGCAACUUUCGGUGUACACGGCACUUUUUUAUUUUACUUUAUAACGUUUAGUUUAUGUACAGUACAUUUGUACAUUUAUUUGCCGGAAACUAAUAAUAAAACACAUAAAGAUAUCGAGUUAUUUUUUAAACAAGAUAAAAUCAAAAUGGCGGAACGUAAACCUCUUAGAUAAAUUAAAAUUUAUUUC